GGGGGGCUCUUCCCUCUCCCAGCCUGAACAGUUCACUUCAGAAUGUAAAUGCCGUGGAUUCCCAAAGCGGCUCCAGGUGCCACAGAGAUCACUUAUUCUCUUUUGUUUAAAGACUGAGGGGAGGGCGGCUCUGGAGAUCAGAUAAAUCAGUGGCACCAUUUGGGAAGCCACAGCUUUGAAGUGAACUCCACGUUGUUUCCUGCUGUAGGAUGGAGGAUGGUGGGAGAGCCCACACUGCUAUUGUUGGCUGGGCCUGCACGACCCUGUGCUUGGUCUCCUACGCGGCCGCCUUCUCGCAGGGUGCGAGCCUUUCCGCCUGCAGCGACAUGAUGCCCAGGCACCUGAGGGUGCAGCUGCACAGCUCCAACAACAACUAUGUCACUGUCCACACCAACAUGUCCUUCUUCUUCCCGGGAGACAAGGUGCCAGUGACAGUAAGAAGCACCCGGGAUUACAUGGGCUUUAUGCUGCAGGCUCGCAAAGUGUCCAACAACGAAAUCGCUGGCACAUUCAUCUUCCUGCCUCCUGGUUCCAAGCUGCUGACUUGUUCUGAAGAUGGUGACACUGUCACACACUCGGACAAGUCACUGAAGAGAAACCUGUCCUUCGUAUGGAAAGCACCAGACAAACCCAUUGGAGACAUCAAGUUUUUCAUCUCCAUAGUCCAGUCAUACUUUGUUUACUGGGCAAAGAUUGAAUCUGCUGUUGUGGCUCAGGGAGAGCAAAACAAGACUCUUGCUGACAAGAAGCCCGAUGCUGUAGCCCCCACGCCCCUGCAGGGACCAGCUGACCCUCACCCCACAGGUCCCAUCUCUCCUGCAGCUGCCACUGGCUCCCUGCUGCCUGCCAGCCCCACUGGCAUCGUGGCAACACCAGCACCAGAGCCAGAUUUUGGUGUGGGGUCGGAGACUCGUCCCUUUGCUGAGCCAAAACAGCCGGCCCGGACUUUGCGGGCUGUGUCUGGCAGAAGUAUCCGGUCCAGAGGCUGGAGGCUGGAGCUGUCCCUUCCCACCCAAGACAUUGGAAUGGUGGAUGCCUUGCAAGGUUCCCUCUCCCAGGACAAUGCCUCCAGCUACAGCACCUUCAAGGGAUGUGACUACAGGCUGCUGGAAAUGUGUGUGCUUAGAGAUACAGGACACAGAGUUAACGGGGGCAGUACUGAGAGUGGGACCAUCUUGAAAGCCUCCUUACGUGUGACAGCAUCUCCCUCUGCCCUGCAUGUACGCACUCACCUGGGCGACAUCGCUGCAACCACAGCCUGGCUUGGUGAUGCCAACACUGCUGGCAAUUUGUCCUCUGCAUCAAGGCAAAUGGCAGGAAGAGAACUGGCACCACAGCCAGGGAAGGCAGGCACCUCUGGAGGAGGCAGCGGUGAGGAGGACAAGGAUGAGCAGGAGGCAGCUGGGAAUACCCUGCCAUGGGUGACCAGAUCAGCUCCCAAAUCUGCUGUUCCUGGGAUAGGGGAAGGCCCUGGUAGAGGAACCCGACUCCUUGCAGCCCAACUUGGCAUCCUCCUGGUCUGCACGGCCGCGCUGGGCCUGCUGCUGGCAGCUGCCAUGCGCUGUGUCUGUGCCCAGCACUGCCACAAGCGGGCCGAGGUGUCCUUCAGCGAGCCCGACCCCGACAUCAUCACCAUCACGGAAAACGGGGAGGUGAUGCACUUCCGAAAGGUCCGGGACAACAGCUUCGUGCUGGUGCCUGCUGAGUGCAACUGGGUCAGCCCCUUGAGCGGCGCGAAGAGGACUGUGGUGGUUUAG